GUUUGUGGUGCGCGUCCUCUUUAAAUUCUAUUAUGUCAUACUAUAAAUUACUUCAGAUCAAUCUCGGCAGAAGAGAAGAGCAUCUCGCUUCUCUUCCUUCGGGAACUAGAAUUUAGCUGUUGUCGUAUUUAAAGCUACUUCAUCUGGUAUAUUUAUUCAAUUUUGAAUCAAACUUAUAAUUUUGUUUGGGAAGUGGAGCACUAGAAAAGUAAAGCUGAAACAAUUAGUGAGUCUUGUUGUUCUUUUGUCUUCUUGGGAUUCGCUUAAUUUGCGGGAAUGUCUUGAACGUGAGAAAGUUUUGCCUAAAAAGCAACCUACCUGCUCGAAUUUGGAUCAGCUGGGAUUUGGUUGUAGAGACCAAACUCAUAGUUAUAACUUUUAAUUAUUGUGCCAAAUUAUUUUCAACUUGUUGUGGACAUACUUCUUAAAGCUAUAUUUUUUGUCUCUUUGAUAUCCAUAGCAAUUGAUAUUAAGAGAUCGAAUGGAAACCUCAAUUUUGGCACUGAAUUCUCAAGUUGCAGGCGUAGGACAGGAGCAGCUUCAGGCCUUUAGUUGCUUUACUCGUUCACUGCUUCAAGUAUUUAAAAGUUUCGGAGUUCCGACCUUAGCUUUCAGGCCUUUCAGGGAUCAGGACAGCCUUCUCCCUUCUAGCUACGCUGCUUCUAGACAAGAUAUCAUAUGAGGACAAACAAACACAGAAUUGUUGGUGGUCGUGCGAUGAUGGAUGGAAGUCAGGACGGCGGCGGCGGCGGUUGUUCCGCAGCUGCGCCAUUUCUGAUGAAAACAUAUGAAUUGGUUGAGGAUCCAUCGUCCAACCAUAUUGUUUCAUGGGAUGAAAGUGGGCAUAGCUUCGUGGUUUGGGAUCCACCUAAGUUUUGUUCUGAUAUGCUUCCCAAAUACUUCAAGCACAACAAUUUUUCCAGCUUUAUCAGACAGCUCAAUACAUAUGGGUUCAGAAAGACUGAUUCAGAGAGGUGGGAAUUUGCAAACGAAGAAUUUAUAAGAGGACAAACACAUCUCUUGAAGAACAUUCAUCGGCGUAAGCCAAUCUACAGCCACUCUGUUUCUCCGGUUACUGAUUCGGAAAGGCGGGGAUACGAAGACGAGAUCGAGAGACUAAGAAAUGAAAAUGCAUCUCUUCAAUCACAGGUAGAAAAGCAUGAAAAAGACAACCUCGACCACAAAUUCGAAUUUUGUUCCUUAGAGAAUCGGCUGAAGAACAUUGACAGAAGGCAGAGUCAACUCGUGGAACUCGUGGGUCAACUCGCUCAGAACCCC